ACAGCAGCACACUGCACACACUCGCGGGCACACACUAAAAACACUCACAAAUUGCUUCUUAUGAUGAUUAAGAGAGAUGGUUUCGGCUUGCUUUUGGGCUUUGUUACCCAGGACCAGUGGUGUUGUGAGGAGUGCAAUGCAUGGAGCUUAUUCUCUGUCAUGGAGUAGAAGUUUUCAGGAUGUAGAUAGUAGUAGAGCUGCUAAUUUGGGACUUUGCUCGACGCGAAUUAGCUGUCAGUGCUAUUCAUCUGAGUGGCCUAUUGGACAUAAGGACACUGGGACUCAAGCGAUGCUGAAGGACGAGAAGGAUGCAUUCUUUGUGGUUAGAAAAGGGGAUAUUAUUGGUGUUUACAAGAGUUUAAGUGAUUGUCAGGCUCAAGUUGGAUCGUCGGUACGUGAUCCUCCUGUCAGUGUGUAUAAAGGUCAUGCUAUGCCGAAGGGUGUAGAGAAAUAUCUUCUUUCUUGUGGCCUUAAAGGUGCUCUUUAUUCUUUUAAGGCUGGUGAUCUAACUGAACGGCUUUUUGGUACUCUUUUGCCUUGCCAUUCAUAUCAGCUCCCUUCUUCUUGUAGAGACGAAAUAUCCAUCAAGCUUGGGCCAAAGAAGUGGCCACAGGAAGUGUUAUCUUCUUUAUCUGGGCAUUCUUGCACUCUAGAAUUUGAUGGUUCUUCAAAAGGAAAUCCUGGGCAAUCUGGUGCGGGAGUUGUGCUUCGAGCUGCUGAUGGAAGUUGGAUUUGUAGGUUGCGUGAAGGUCUGGGCAUAGAAACCGCUUAUGCUUCUCAAUAUCAAGCUAUAAUUUUAGGGCUGCAAUAUGCACUGGAUAAAGGGUUUAGAAGCAUCCAUGUUCAGGGUGACUCUGACCUUGUUUGCAUGCAGGUUUGUCACACCCAUGGGCAUAUGCUUUGGAUCCGCUUUUUCCCCAUUCACUCUGCAAUUAUUCAUUUGGUGCUGACCUGCUUGGCUCUCUUCUUGUUAAAUUUCUCAAUUUCAUAUGACUUUGUUUCCUUUCUUCCAUUUUCCAUGUGGUCCAUUUUUUGCUGCAUCGUGGUUCAAAAAUCUGGUUUGAAGUUCCAUUCCACCAAUGGUUCAAAGCAAAGAACCUUAAAUUGGUAAUGUCUAGAGGGAAUAAGUUUGUCUGGACAUAGAGCUAGUACGCACCUCGGGUCAUUUGCCAGAAUAGGGCUCCUGGCAUCGUAUUCAAUAAUCUAUCAAUGUGACCCCCUUUUUUUUUGACCAUUUUUUCAUGUAUAUACCAGGCUAUGUUUCUCCCUGUAAAAAUUGCUGUAAAUAGAGCUGUUCUUUUAAAUGUUUCAUGUGGUAGACUGGUAAUUUACUGAUAAAAAGUUAGAAAAGUAUUCUAUUAUAGUAGGUAUAAGAGCUUGAAACAUUAUACUUGUGUGUAAUGGGGCUGGUUAUUUUGGUUUAUUUCCUUUAUGGGGCAUUUAGGAAUAUGACUUUUGCUGCAUGGUAGUAUCUUGUUCCUAGAAUAAUAGUACACGGAUUCGUUCUCGAUUUAUCUGCUCCAAAAGUUCAUAUUUCGACGAAAUAGAUUCAAGGCUUAUGGAAGGUGAAAGACAAAAAGAUCUCCAUCUUGUGUGAGAAGGCAAAAAGUUUGAAGCAUAAGUUCACGUCAUUCCGG